UUGAUGGAAAGAAAUUUGUCUGAAAAAGUGGUUGCAUGUGAUAUAAAUUGAAUGAAAAUAAUCACAAACUUAAUAUAUCAAUCAUACCAGAAAAAAGAAGAUAUUUUGGAGAAUGAAUAAAUUUAUGAAUUUAACUGGGCUGUCUGCUCUUCUUAAUUUCAAGUGCAUGUAUCCGUUUAAACAAGUAUUUUGGUUUACAAACUUUACAUGUACAAUGACUCCUUUGUAAUUUUGUUUAACAUGUUGUUACUUAUCAGGAAGGAAUUAUAUACUAAGUAAGGUUAUAUGAAAGACAGUUGUUACUUCGGACAUUAUAGGGAUGGUACUGUUACAAAAUUAUGAUACAGAUUUUGAAAUUAUAAAUGAAAAUAUUUUUAUUUUUUGCAAACUACAUAAGUUAAUGGCUUUGACAGACUUUUGUAAAAUAUCAAAACAUUUACAAGUAAAUGAUACAUCAAGUUGUUAAUGGUGUUAACACUCGUUUUGUAUUUCACUUUCAUUUUUGAUGGGUAUUAAAGUACAAUCCAUUCCAGGUUUUAGUUAAUGCCACCAUUAUAUGCCACUUUGAUGUACAUUCAAUGUGUCUAGGUGAGAUAAAGUGCAUUUAACUAGAAUUGAUAAUCUUCUAUACAUGUAGCUAUACAUGUAGAUAUCUUAACACUUAAUGUUAAAUUUAUCAAUCAAAUUUGGUUUUUAGAUUAAGCAGGGGGACGAAGAUAUAUAUGAUGAUACUGGGGAUACUGGAGAAGAAAUGAAUGAACCAAGUGGUUUAAGUGCCAUCAAAGCCCGCUUUGAGGGGGCGCAGAGCAAGUUUGAAACUCCUCCUCUACGACCAAAACCAAAUGUAACUUCUAAGCCAAAAGUGCUUCCAAAAUAUGGAGGUGGGCCAGGCCUUAAUGUUUGUGCAGCAGGGGAUAAAAAGGAUGGAAAUGUUGAAAAUGCAUUUAAACCUAAGAGUGCAAUAAACACUGUGGAUGACAAUUCUCAGGAUAAACCUUCUGAAGCAAGCUUUAAUGGACCAGGAAAGAAGAGGGACAGUAAAGUAAACAUUCCAGAGGCCUUUCGGCAAAAAUUAGAAAAUGCUUCAGUAGAAGUUAAACCUAAAACAGCUAUUAAGCCACCCAAGUGGGGGAGUGAUUCAAAUAAUAAUGCGAAAAUAAAUGGCAUUUCUCCAAGUAAAAACAAAGAGGCUUUAGAAAAUGCAUUAUCUCAAAAGUUUGGUGCACUUAACAGUGUAAAACCAGUCAAACCCCCACAAUCUCCUACUGGAAAAGUAUCACCGAGGGAGAAUACAACUGAUUCAAGCAUUCCAAAGACUCAGUCAGAUUCACCAAAACCAAAUUCUCCAAGGGGUGUUGGAUCUGGAGCAGAUGUGUUAGCUAAGGUAGCAGCAUUAACAAGUGAUUCAAAUGUUGAUUUUAAAGCAAAACUAAAACAUGUAGAACUUAAAAAGACUAGCCCAGCUUCUGUAGCAGUGAAGCCUAUCAUUCCAAUAGGCCCUGCAGAUGGUUCUAAUGCUGUUCAAUGGCGAAACAGAUUGAAAAGUGCCAAAAAUCGAGAAAACGUUAAAUCAGUUAGAACUGUGAUACGAGUUAUAGAUGGGAAAAGGUUUCUUAAAAAUACUGAAAGUUGUCUAGGUGAUGAUUCUCCCCCUGAAAAACCAGCUAAACUAGAUUGUGAUAUAGAUGUUAAUGCCCUUGAACAGGACUAUAAAGAUGCACUAGAAAAUAUAGUUACCACAGAGAAGGAACAGCAUGGAUGGACAGAGGUGGAGGAGACUUAUGAUGAUUGUGGGAAUCUACAAUCUACACGUGCAGUUUCUCUCAUGGGCAACCGCCCCAAACCUAAGCCACGCAAAAGUAAAAAAGUGCCUUUAAUUGAGCCUAUGACCGAGGAUGAGGAGCUGAGUGAGGCACAAUGGAAUGAGGCUGGUUUUAACGGUGUCUCUGAUUCUACAGCUGAUCUUCCUGCCCCACCUCCAGGAGACCAACCUAAGGAGUUGUUAGAUGAUCAAGAAACUUAUGAUGAUGUUGGUGUAGAAGAAGCGGUACCUGAGGAUGAAGUUUUAGUUGAGGAUGAAAUGUACGAAGAAUUACCCGAGGAGCCUCUACCAGAGUCUAGCCUAGAUGUGCCCCCACCAGUCGGUCCUAAACCACCUGAGCCACCAUCAACUCCACUACCUAAAGCUCCCACAGUAGAAAGAUCUGAGAGUGAAAAUGAGAAGACUAAUCAACAAAUCGUAGAUGCCAAGGAACAGAAGAGAUUGGAAAAGGAGAGGAAAAAGAAAGAAAAAGAAGAGAAGGAAAUGCUGAAAAACAAGGAGAAAGAGUUGAAGAAAUUACUGAAAGUACUAGGUCAUAAGGUCACAGCUGAACUUCUCACAACAUCAGUUGGGAAAGGGAAAGUCAAAAGUAAUGCGAAAGGAAAGGAGAAAACUGGCGAGCUAGCUUUAACAGAGGGAGACGAAGUAGAUAUAAUACGUAUGAUUGAUAAUCCAUCUGGAAAAUGGCUUGUGCGUGUCCUGAGCUCUCAGAAAGGCUUGGAACAUGCACCUAAAAGUCCUCUGGAAUUGAUUGGUUAUUGUGACGAGAAGAACAUCGAGGUAGACACCAGUGAUAUACUCAAUUUUAUGAAAAGUGCUGAACACAAACCAAGCACGCCUGCAGUACCAGAAGCAGAGGAACAAGAUACGUACGAGUUUGUGGAAGGAGAGGAUGAUCUUGCACAGGAUGAAAUCUAUGAAGAAUGUAAUUGACAUAUUCCUGUUCACGUUCCUACACCGAUGUGUUCUGAUAGCUUUAUAGUUCAAGUCUUCAUAGUCUUCAGAGAGGAAAACAUCAAAGAUGUUUAUAUAUUGCUUUAUAUUGAUAAUGCAUGAUGUAUGAAAGGAGUUUAUGAAAUCUGUAUUAACCCUGAACAUGCUGAAUAUUUUAAAUGGACUUGUCCCACUUCCAUUUUGAGACUGUCCAUUAUCAAUUUUAGAAAUAUCAGUUUGAAUAUUUAAAGUUUGUUAGCUGACAGUAUAGAGCCUGGUCAGACUACACGGGCGUGCAGGCUUGCCUGGCUCUAUACUGGUGGUAAAGGCUUAACGCUUUAGGUUCCAAUGACUCUCUAUUAAUAUGCAAUAAUAUGUUAGUGUGUAGAAGAAAUUGGAUAUCAUAAUACCAGAAAACUGUAAAAGAUAAAAAAAGAAGAACAUUUACAAGAAAUAUACCAUUUUGGUAUGAUUUUGGUAAUUUUAAUAUAAAAAUAGUUACAAAACAAAGAAGUGAAAUUGAGAUGUAAAAGUGAGCUAAGCAUAAGUUUAUUAUAUAUAUUGUCAUCUUAGUGCAAUAGCUGGUUAACUUCUAUGAAAUCAUGAAGACUUUAACCUGUUAUUGCACAAAGAUGAUGAAUUAUGUCAAUUUUGACCUUUUCUUUCUUGAACCUUCUUUACAUCAUAAUGAAUUACAACUGUAAUACAUUAAGAAUUGUUAUACUACACAUGUACUAAUUGACUGGUGUCAUCCUAUCUUAUAAACUCCUGUCUGAAGUCUCUUAUUAACCUACCUCCUUACUAGAGAGAAAAUAUUCUUGUCAUUGAUUAAUGUAUCAAGUUGGUACAGUGAUUUUUGAUUUCAACGUGUGAAGUUGUCUGGAACAACUUUCUAUUUAUUUUCUGUGUUUGUGUAAUAUUUCCAUAUUAUUAACAGUGAAAAAUUAUUCUAACUUGUGUAAGUUUGUAUAAUACAGUUCUUUCUCCAGGAACUUAUUAUGAUUAAAAGUUCAAUGAAACAAUUGUUUAAUGUACAUGUACUUUGAAAAAAUUGUUCUUCUUCUGACAAACCUACCUAAGUGUGACGCAUAUGACUUGAUCUGAUUAAUGAACAAAAACUAUUCUGUUGUAUUAUAUUCAUGUAGUUAACAAGUGUAAUUCAUUUGUCUACCUGUCUCCUGUCAUCAAAAUGCUGAACCCUAUACAAAAUAGAUCAGUUUUUUUUCUCAUAGUAUAUGAUAUAAUUAAUCUAUACAUGUAUGAUUUGUUGUUCAUAUGAAAUAAUUUUUACAAUUGUAAAUAAGGUUAACCAUUAAUUACCCUGUCAAGUAGAAUGGACCUAUCCAAGUAAGAAUUUAGAACUACAUGUAGGUCAUAGGUCAUCUUGGUUUAUUUUUACUUUAUUUGAAAAUACAAAUGUAUCAUCUUGACAGAACACAUGGUAUUCAAGAAAUUCAAUUGUUUUUUGGACAAAUUCCCAGUGUUUUUUGCAUUUAUGUAGGAAACAUUUUACACAAUUCUUUAUAAAUGUAGAUCUUGAAAUGAAUGCUAACCAUUUGAUUGGUUUUACAGAUUUUGUAUUCAAACUUAUCAGCUUUUGAGUAUUUGUAAAAAUUUGUUAGUAAGACUGUCCAUUAGUCUGUAUAAGAAUAUACAUGUGGUCACAGACAUCUAAACCUCUCAUCAUGAAGAUAAUAGGUACCAGUAUAAUUGAUGAAAAAUGACAAAAGUUGGCCAUAUCUACACAGUUAUACUGUUAAUUGAUUGAAUAUGUUGAUUGAAUGAUUUGAUUAAUUUAGAUUGAAUACAUUGAAAUUAUUGCAUAAUUUCCGUCUUGCUCAUUACAAUAUUUUUUCUUAUACAUACAUUUACAUUUAACUUAAUUUUGAAAGAAGAACACCUUUCUGAACAAACUAGCUCCUUGUUUAUUUUAUUUGGAAGUAUUUUAUAAACCUGCAUAAUCAAAAUGCUCAAAAAUGUCUUUUGUACAAAAGUGUUAAACCAUUGUAUGAACUAAAAAGGAAAAAUUUGGUCGUGUUGAACUUUUGUUUGCUGUGAAGUAAUGAAACUGAAAAUGUUUAAGUAU